CCUCUCAAAACUAUACUUCAUUCAUUAUUCCGCUCUCAUAUGCACAGAGAGACAGACAGCCUCACCGCAGACAGAACAUCGCGCUCAUCCACACCUCUUUAAGGUUUAUUUAUUUUUUCCCCGACGGAAAGUCCACUUCGGUUUUUGUGUGAAGCUCCAAAAAUCUAUGAAAUGUGUUUGCAUGUUCUUCUCCGGGCGCGAGGAUGUGGAGGUGGGAUAGAGAGACGCGAGAGGCUGGAGGAGCGCACGCGCUCGCUCUCGGACAAAGUGCGUUCUGCGUGUAUCUGCCGGUGUUUGGGCUUUAUUGAAGGAAACAGCGAGACGAAUUCAGUUCGGGAUCCUCAGGCCUUAGUGAACAGACCCGUGAGAUGUUCUCGAGGCUCAACUAGUGUGGACUGCCGCUUCAGUGGUCUGAUUCUCCUGCUGUGCACGCGUCAAUCUCAUCUUGGCUUCGGUCUUCGUAGGAACGUUGCAACUCUAUCCCCUGCUCAUCCUAAGCUCCCUCAUCUCCCUCUCCCUCCCCCUCACGCCGUGGCCCAUGUCUGCCAGCGGAGGGUCCAUGGAGGGAAGUCGAGCCAUAGAGGAUGAGGAGGCGCAGGACAGCUGCUGUGGGGACGAAGACUCAUCCCCGGUGGUGGAACGGAGAAACCGCAGCGGUAUCAUCAGCGCUCCACUCAGCAAAAGCCUAAAGCACUCACGAGCUCUCUCGCAGUACAUCGCGACCUGCUCGGCCGCCGCUGUGGCCAGUGUCGCGAAUGCUAACAGACUUGCCCAGAGCUCUAUGGUGGCGGCGGGCGUCAAAGCUCACCCUACUGCCAGCCAGCACAGGUCACAAGUCGGGUAUGCCAAACUGGACCGGGGUGCGUUAGUAUCCGGCCUUCUGGACUCUCCGAGCGGCCUGCAUCUCGCCCAGGCCGCCGAGCUCCUGCGACGGGCGGGGAUGCUGCUUCCUGUCAGUGACCCGUCCAAUGUCAGUGUGGGCGGGGACAUGGAGACGGUCUCGGCUUCUGAUUCGCUGGGCAGUGUGAUGGACUUCCCAUUGCUUGGCAACGGCGGAGUGGGUGGGAGUUUUCCGUAUCACCCGGGGCUGUUCAUAAUGACGCCGGCAGGAGUGUUCCUCGCCGACGGGGCGCUCUCUCACGUGACGGGUGCGUCGGAACACCAGCAGAUGCAGAGCGAGAUUUCAUCGGCCAUCAGUGCCAACGGGAAGAAAAAGCGGAAGCGAUGCGGCCUGUGUCCACCUUGCCGGCGCAGGAUUAACUGCGAACAAUGCAGCAGCUGCCGCAACCGCAAAACCGGCCAUCAGAUCUGCAAAUUCCGCAAGUGCGAAGAGCUCAAAAAGAAACCUGCUGGCGAGCUGGAGGUGAUGCUGCCAACCGGUCUGACUGAACCGUGCGCGAGUGUGAGAGCCACGUCUGUCUGUCUCACUCCUCGUGGCCAUCAAUCCGAUGAGAGCGAGCGAGCCAGAGGGCCGCAUGGGGAGAGAGCAAACGCAGUGUGUGGGGGUUGCGUAGAGAGGGGGCCGAGCAUGUUUUGUUCUCCUCCAGGUGCACGGCCAUCAGAAACGAUUUGA